AUGUACUGCCAAAUGCUAAAAGCUCAGGUCCUCAGACGUGGACAAAGUUCAAUUUUACUCUCAAGAAACUACCGUUAUUUUUCCACCACUAUAGUUAGAUCCAAUUUACUUAAAAACAAAAGCAAAAAUAGAAAACCUCCUACUAUCUUUGAAGAGCUUAAAAAGAAAGUGUUAGACGAUUCUACAGAAAAAAAAGUGGAUUUGACAAUUGAUCAGAUUAAAGCAAAAACUCAAGAAGAAUGGAAUAAUUUAUCGGAAGAAACAAAAAAAACAAUGCAAAAUGCUUAUGACGAAGGUGUGAAAGCUUAUGAGAGCGGUUUAAAUUCGUUAAAGUCAGUUUCAAAACCCAAAUCGGUGAUGGAUCAGAUUAAAGAUGAUAUUUCUGAAACAGCUAAUAAAGCUCAUGAGACUUUUUCUGAUGAAGAUCUUGCUCUCAAGGCAAAAGAAAAAUGGGAAGGUUUAACUGAAGAUGCCCAAGCUAAAUUGGAAAGCACUUAUCAAGAAAAUUUAGAAACAUACGAAGACAGUUUGAAAGAUGCCGGCUCAACUGCUAAAGAAACAGCCGAGGAUGCUGGAUCCACUUUAAAGCAUUUGAAAGAAGACUUCAUCGACAAACCAGCUGAACAAAUUAUUUCAAAAACCAAAGAAGAAUGGAAUAAUAUUUCAUCUGAAGUUGGCGAUAUUGUUGAUACUGGAAAAUCCAUUUUGUAUGGACAAAAUAAGGAUCAGAAAGAACACGAUGUUGUUGAUACUGGGAAAACCAUUCUAUACGGAAAAGAUAAAGAUCAGCAAAAACACAAUAAUGACAAUAAUAAGACUGAAAGGAAAAACAGCAGGAAAGACUUGAACAAUUUGUUAAAAAAUGAGCAAAGGAAAGAAGGAAAUAAAUACGGAAAAACAUAA